GUUCUAUGAAUAUCAUAGUAUUUAUAAGAUUUUAUUUGAUUUUUCUUUUUUAUCAAUUCAAAUUUUAAUUUGGAUGAAACUUCUCGAAAUCUCAGACGAUUUCUACUUUCGAGCCUCGUCGAAACGUCGAAAUUUCACGAAAUCCGGUCGGUUUUCGUCGGAACCCUGGUAGUGAGUACAUGCCCAACCAAAUGCUACUAUUGCAGCCCCUUUGUAGUGAGUGCAGUUUAAACUACGUCAAGUGAAAAAUACUACACUCUCCUUAACUAUGAGAGGACCAUAGAGAUAUUCUUCAUUAAUGGAAGGUAGCAAAAUAAGAGAGGAAAUAAAUACUUAUCAGUAGUUUUUCACAGCUUCCUGGAAAGUUACUCGGGAGGUGAUCGAUGAUUUAUAGAGUUUUUUGCUCUUUGUUUUCCAUGACAAAAAUCAAAACUUCACAACUGUCAUGUAUAGCAGUGAUGAUUAGGUCAGCCAUGAGCAUUUGCAAGGCUAGCUAGGAACUGGAGGCGUUUGGAAAUGCUGCAAGGCCUCAACACACUCUCACAUAGAACAAAGCUCCUAACACUGUUGCAGAUCUUUGGACAAUUGACAAGUGCUGGGAUGCCCAAAAGCUCAAUUCAAUCUUUGAGCAGCAAGCGGUUAAUAUGAUAUUGCAGGUACCAAUCAUCCAAGACAACUCUGAAGAUAAACUUCGAUGGAAAUUCACUCCCAAUGGAGAGUGCAAUUCCAAAAGUGCAUACAAGGAGAUCUGGAAAAGAGAAGCCUCACAUGGAUCUCAAGUAAGUGAACAUGCCAGAACAAUCUUGAAACAGGUUUGGAAAGACAAGUGUAUGCCUCCAAAGAUUAAAACCUUUGCUUGGAGAUUGCUGAUGGGAGCUCUUCCUACUGCUUCCAGGCUUAAUUUCAGAAUCAGUGAAAUUUCUCCAAAUUGCAUUAGAUGUGGCAUGAUUGAAAAUGAUUUCCAUCUUUUCUUGGACUGCCCUUUUAGCAAAAUCACCUGGAUAAUCUCAGAUAUCAAUCUGAACACUGACAUUUUUUCUGAUAAUGUCUCAAUGGCUCACAUUAUUGCUUGCAUUGUAAAUAAUUGCUCUAACAAAGCCUCCCUUAAUAGAAUCUUCUCAAUCAUGUGGCAAAUCUGGAAAGCAAGAAAUGAUCUUAAAUUUCAGGGGAAGGUGCUCGAGCCAACACAAGUCUGUUUUGCAGCAGAAGCUAUGAUCAACACUUACUCUUGCUUGAUUGAGCAACCUCAUUUGCAGGAUAACAUCGACCAGAGCCCUUCGGAGAGAAGAAUGGAACAGCUGCCUGAAGACACAAUCUUCCUCAUGGAUUGCUCAACGGUGGUGGACACAGCGAAGAAAGGAAACUUCCAUGAAGAUCCAAGCCAUUGGAGUCUUUUACCUAUUUGGAGUCAAAUCUUAACCUUCUUACCAGGACAUUUGCUCAAGGUCCACUGGAUUCCAAGACAUCUCAACAAGUUGGCAGAUAAGCUAGCCAAGGAUGCUAGAGGGAACCCUUCAUCCCCUCCAAUCUUUAGUUGCCAAAACAUUGCUCAUAUUGCUUACCCAUCCAAUCAAUGUUUUGCUUCUACCCUAAGAUCUAGCCUGAGGGCUCGAAAUUGUACUGUCAACCAUGUACUUUGUUUCUGAGCUUAAUAAAACGCAUGGUUUUCAAAAAAAAAAAGAACACAUAGAACAAAGCUGGAGAUGGCUUCCUCCUCUGCCGAGUGAGACACGUUGUUCCCCUCAAGACUAUCGCUCCAAUUUCCUUUUCUCUGGUCUGAAAGUGGUUGAAAAUUACAAAUCCAUGGGACCAAUUGAUGUGUUACUAGUUUUGCAUUACAUGUACAUCAUAACAUACUAUUCAUUUGGCUACAUAACUUGGCACACGGAAGAAAUUAAUUAAAGACAACUUCAAUUCCGGCAGCAUAGUGAGUUAGUGACUGGACAGAGUAAACGUUUGAACAUACAUCGAUUCCAGUUUUGGCUAUAUGGAGUAGAUUACUAGAUUAAUUACUUAUAUCUUUUACAGUGAUCAGUUCUUGUAUUUCUGUGAGCACUGACCAUUCCACAAAGCUGACGAAUUCACCAUUGUUGUCACGAUGAUCCAUAAAGAGAUCGAGCCAUAUAUAUAUAUUUUUGAGAGAACAGUCAAGGAGUUCUUACACUUCACUGUAGAAAAAGAGAGUUGAUCCAAUUUAUAAGAAAAAUUGAACCUAAAACUCUGGCAUUGACACACUGAACCUAAGAACAAUAGUUGAACAAGGGAAAAACCCUAAAACGAAGCCUUCGAGAAGGACACGCCGACAGAACGGUGACAUCGCCUGAUCCAAAUGAAUCUAAGGUUUUUAUCCGGAGAAAUCCCUUAAUGUGAAAUAGAGCAUAUCUCUCAGCAUGGAAUUCGAGAGGAAAUCCUAGACGGCCGUUUUCCACCCGUUGCCCAUAGGAUUAACGCGAUUCAAUUGCAAUUAUUUCCAUAAUUACGUGAUUACGCGUAUUGAUCGGUAGCGCCAAAUCCUUCCAUGUUUGGAUUGCCCCCGAUCUCCCUCAGCGCCAUACUAAUAGGGGAGGCCGGUAUCGUGGAUAGAUGACGAUCUCUCCACGAUCAUCUUCUCCCCGAAAAUCCCAAAAACCUAUCCGAUCAACUGAGCGCUGGAGGGAGAACGUGUGGUGGUUCUGGGACAGUGUAGGUGGCGACCGGAAGGCCAUCGCUACCCCACAAGUGAUUACCGGCAACCCCUUCGGGAUCAAGCCGGUGCUCACACUGCAACUGCUACCACUACUACCUCUACACCAACAAGAACAAGGAGAACCGCAUCAAUGACUUCAAAUAAUGGUCAGUUAAACCCCAAUUCCGCAUUAGGGUGAUCUAUAGGCUUAGCAAAUUAUAUCUUAGUAGAUCGCAAAGUCUACAAAUAUUGCCCACACACCAAAACUACCUACACCACUGCACACCGCCAACUACACACCGCAACAACGUGCACACCACCAAUCGAGCCAUAUAUAUACACUUGGUCGAUACAUAUGCAUAAUGGAGCAGAAAUCCAAAGGGUCCAGCCCACAGCCAAUAUAGUAGAAUUAUUUACGGUACACCAUACUAGUAUAUAUAUGUAUAUGUUGCAGAUGCACAAUCCAAACACCACAAAGGCACAAACUGGGAAGCAAUGGAUCAGUCAUAACCGGGAAUACCAGGGCGUUUCCACGGACAGAAGUCAUGGCCAGAGAUCCAAUCCAAGUCGGCCGAACGAAAAUUUGACCGGUGGUCGGUGGCAAUCCAGCUGGGCUGUGUUCGUGCGUACGUGUGGCUUCUGGAUUGGAUAUGACACAGCUGUGCGUCCAAUCGAGGGUUUUAUUCACUCUUCUUCUCGUGAUUAACUAACUCCCUAUGGACAAAGGCCACACACACAUCCAAUGUAUACGAAAAAUCGUAUGUGUGUGCCGAGCGUAUACACGUAGUAUGUCCAUGUGUGAAGAGGUAUACGUACGUUGUAUGUGCCCUCGUAAAAGAUUAAUGGUUGGUUGAAAUGGACGCAUUGUUGUUCUUGGCAAUAUGUGUUUAACACCUACUCUCUCCAUUCUAAUCUAGAAGUGGUCUUUUUUUUUCAUAGAGGGUGUACCCUGCAGUAGAUUUUAUAUUUUACCCCCUCCAUUUCACGAUGUAAAUCAUUCUAGCGUCUAAGAUUCAUUAACAUCACUAUAAAUAUUGAAAAUGCUAGAAUAACUUGCAUUGUGAAAUGGAGGAAGUAUCAAAGUUUCUAACAGAUCGUGUGUCCAAAUAUAUGGUCUCUAUAAAUUGUAGUUACUCUGAUGCCCUCUUUUCUUAUUACACCAAGUGCCUAACAUGGUCUGCACCAUGGACACAUGGCUGUAAUCAGGGGUGGAUCCAGGAACAAAAAAAUUGGAGAGGCUCAAUUGCGCAGUUUUUUCAACCUUCAGCCAUCUAGAGACUUUUAGUUUAUCAUUCAUAGUGAAAAAAUAAAAGGGGUGCUCCGGAGGGUAUUCAUGAGUCUUGUGGGUGUAGGGGGACUUGAGUCCCCCUGCACCCACGUUGGAUCCGCCCCUGGCUGCAAUACCAGAUCAAAUUUAAGAUACUACACCUCUCUUUAUAUACAAGUGGGCUGAGCAAGAAGAGAAAGGGAUAUGCGUCUAUCAUUUCAUAGAAACUAGCUGAUGAGAGGAACGGGCUAAAGAGAGGACAAAAUGAUGAAUAACAACAUACAUUUUGCAUGUACAACUUCACCACAAGUUUUACAGACCACACAAUCUAAACUUUAUGGUAACUCUUGCCAUACACAUUUUGUAACUAGGAUUGGGAUGUAUUAGGAAAUACAACUAUGGCUAUAGCACUGAAACCUUACGCCAUUUUUCUAUGGAAGGUAGUGUAUGUGUUGGAGACUUGACGUAAGGUUUCAGUGCUAGUAGCCGGACAACCAAGGAAGGCGAUAACAUCCCUGGUUAAUAUGGUUGUAUGGGAAAUAUAGAGAGAUCAAAAUAUCGGAGUGUUUCGGAGGAGAAGUACAUGCUUAGGUGAAGUGUCGUUGUGAGAGACAGGCAUAGAGCAGCUAGGGCUUGAGUCUUAGGCUUACCUCUAAAAUCAUGUUUAAUUAAAUUCUCUAAAUUCACCAUGCAUGUAAAUUUUGGACAUUAAAAAAAAUAUUAGUUGAGCCUAGUUUAACCUUAGUCUUAAGAAAUUUUUAGCUUCGUCACUGGUGAGAGACCUACAAGAGCUAGAGCAGCUAACGUUGAAGAAACUAGAAAGUGAACUAUAUUUUGGUCCUCCGGCAUAACAUUGUCAAAAUAAAUAAUUUUGUGAUUAUCAUCAUAUCUUUUAGAA